AUGACGAGCAUAAACACUGCAAACAAAAGCACCAGAUUCUUCCCUUCUCGCACUCACCACACCACUACUUUCUGCACCCGCAGCCACCAGAUCGCCGCCCUAGCCAUAGUAGUCACCACUUUCUUUCUCACUAGACUCUUCGAUCACUCUCUGGGACCCUGCUCUUCGUCGUACCAAAACAAAUUCCCCGAUGUAAAUCGGAAAUACGACGGCGUUGUGCGAUUUGGGGAUUCGGGUGGGUGGCCUGAGAGAGGGUAUGGGACUCAACUGAAUUUGAAGAUCUAUGUGUAUGACGAGAACGAGGUUGACGGACUCAAGCUGCUGUUGUAUGGCCGUGAAGGGAAGAUUUCUCCCGAGGCUUGCAUCAAAGGCCAGUGGGGCACUCAGGUUAAAAUACACAGGUUGCUUUUGCAGUCGAGGUUUCGGACAAGAAAGAAAGAAGAGGCAGAUCUGUUCUUUGUGCCAACUUAUGUUAAAUGUGUACGAAUGAUGGGUGGCCUGAACGAUAAAGAGAUCAACCAAACAUACGUCAAGGUUUUAGGUCAAAUGCCAUAUUUCAGGUUAUCUGGUGGGCGCGACCACUUUUUUGUCUUCCCGAGUGGUGCUGGUGCUCACUUGUUUAAGUCUUGGGCGACAUAUUUGAACCGUUCCAUAAUUCUGACUCCCGAGGGAGACCGCACAGAUAAACGAGACACUAGUGCCUUCAAUACGUGGAAAGACAUCAUCAUACCUGGAAAUGUUGAUGAUGGGAUGACAGCUAACGGGACUAGGCUGGUUGACCCUUUGCCUUUAUCAAAAAGGAAGUAUUUGGCAAACUUUUUAGGUCGAGCACAAGGAAAAGUCGGCCGUUUGCAAUUGAUAGAGCUCGCAAAGGAAUUCCCUGAUAAGUUGGAAUCCCCAGAAUUGAAGUUAAGCGGCCCGGACAAACUUGGAAGAGUGGAUUACUUUAAACACCUCCAAAAUGCAAAAUUCUGCCUGGCUCCACGUGGGGAAUCGUCGUGGACCCUUCGCUUUUACGAGUCAUUUUUUGUGGAGUGUGUUCCAGUUAUCUUAUCAGAUCAAGUAGAAUUACCUUUUCAGAAUGUAGUCGACUACACUCAUGUAUCAAUCAAAUGGCCAUCCACUCGGAUAGGACCCAAACUUUUGGAUUACUUGGAAUCAAUUCCAGAUAAAAACAUAGAGGACAUGAUAGCUCAGGGUAGAAAGAUAAGGUGCUUAUGGGUUUACGCUCCAGAAUCUGAGUCGUGCUCUGCAUUCAUUGGAAUUAUGUGGGAACUUCAGAAGAAAGUGAGGCAAUUCCAUCAGUCAACAGAGACAUUCUGGCUGCAUAAUGGAUCUAUAGUGAACAGAAAUUUGGUGGAAUUCAGCAAAUGGAAACCACCCAUACCAUUGCCUUAA